AUGCACAAGCCAUCGCCAGCUUCGUUCGUGUACUCCUACAACUCCAACCACCUGCAGUUGGCAGCGGCAGUUGCCGUGACAGUGACAGGCCUCGACAUCCAGCAGGUCAUUCAGAAGUACCUGGUUACUGCUUUCGGCAUGGAAGACAGCUCCUACCCUGGCAGGUGCCCAGACUUCGGCGCCGACCUGUACACGACAGGAGCGGAUUACGAGAAGUUCAUGAAGAAGCUCUUGGGCUAUGAGGUUUACAAGAAGUCGUUGAUCGACGAGUCGGAGGUGGAUGCCACGCCCUUCAUGAAGGACUUCUACACCCUCUAUGGCGAUUACGGUUUUGGCCACUUCCUCAUGUGCUUCGACAGCGUGAAGGGUUUCACCAAGGAGUGCGAGGAGGCACACUGCCACAUGGACCCAGGAGCCUUUGGGUUCAUCCCGCUGUACGACCGCAAGAACAACUAUUACAUGCAGGUGGUCGCUGCAGAGAUCCCCCCUACUGGCUACUAUCCGCUCAGCGGCAUUCCAGAGUACCUGGCAGUAGCCAUCAAGCCGCAUGUCGACGCCAUCAUGACGAAGUCCGUUUCGACCAACCCCAUGGAGCCUUGCAUGAACAGGGUUUCAUUCAAGCUAAUUUGUUCAGACCGCAAAGCUUGCAAGCUCCAUCCUAAUCUGAUCCCUGGUUCGGAUUUUAAUAUCAGACAAGAGCCCAUCCCAAGAACGUAUGAGCAGCCAGGUUCUGAAACAGCCAUGGAGGUUUUUAGUCAGGGUCGAUGGGCACCUAGCCGUGCUAUUCUAUACGUUUAUACCCCGCUAGACUGA